AUGGCACAACAAGGUGAAUGUAAAACUUCUGAGCGCAUAAUCAUCAUUAUCUUUACAGAUCUGAAUGAAAAAUGUACAAAAACUCAUAGAUGCCUGAUCAACGUACUUAUUCUCGUUCAAAUUUGCUCUUUUCUCUCCUGCUAUGUAGCUGUUCAGUCUAUAUUCCGUAAACGGUAAAGGUAUCCUGUUUCAGGGAAAUUAUUAGAAAUUACAGUGAAUUGCUCACUUUCACGACCGUAAUACUUGCCAUCACACUCCUAAUCUGUACCGUUGUGUCUCUUUUGAUUAGUUUCGUUACUGUAGCAUUAUCACGUACAAGUAAGGCUUUUUUCGAUUUAUAAGGUUCAGUUUUGGAUUUAGACAAUGUCAAAAGCAUGCUCGUCUCCGGUACCGUCCUCAUUGUCAUAUUCAUUGUUUCUAUAGGCAAAUUCUAGAUUCGAUCCUUUAUGCGAAUAUAAACACUGUUUUCAGGAGUCGCAGUCUUAUUGCAACAACAGGGAGCUACAGAUAAAUCCAGUUUCGAAAAUAGUUUUUUGGAAGUUUUGCAAGCAAAUUCUGAAAAUAGAUUACAGGUGAUUGCUAAUCAUCUUGUGGCUUCAUAAUUGCAAUUUUCCAUGCUCUUCACAAAAUGCAACAGAAUUCUCAAUGUUGUGGAGUUCCUCUUCCAACAGAGACGAUAUGGAAUGAGUCCCUUCUGCCGUUCUCCUCUCCCUGGUCCUCAUGGUAUUACUAUACAAUUCUGAACGAAGAGUACAUUGAAGAAGCACGGUACGUGACAUCUAGAGUACUGUUGAGGCCACGUUCAAAUUCGUUGUCAGCACAUGAUUUUUUCGUGCUAGUUGCAUACAGUAGAACCGAAAAGUCUACAAAAGUGUUUCAGACGUCUGUUCACUCUCCCUUGGUCAUGCUGCUCCGGUAGUACAACGUUGUGCGAGCAUCUCGCUUUCGAAAGGUUUCUCAAGACCUUCAAAAUAAUUUUAAAAAUUUUUGUAGGGUUUCAAUCGACACAACGAACAAAGAUAUGAUUAUUGAAGAGCUAGCCGAAUUGCAGCGCAGAGAUGUUAGGAAGUAUCAUGCGAUAUCAAUCGGAGCUGAGAAUAUUUUCAGAGAGUUGACAAGUCCCACACGGCUAGGGAGACUGUAAACUAUCAAUCUUGUGGAUCUUCUUCAGGCGUGAUAUCAGAUGGCGUGGGACCAAAAUUAAUAGUCUUUCAAGUUCUUUUCGGUCAGUAUUGUAAACACGUUACAUAUUACUUAAGUAUUAAUAAAUAUCUACUUCCUAUUAAAAAGUUGUAGUGGUUACUUUCUAUUUAAACAGAAGAUGCUGUAGAAUUCCAAUCAAUUGCUUUUCAGCAUCCACUAUCAUAUUAAUUGGUGCACAAGGACUUCACAUUUGGCGCAUUAUAUCCACCCAUCAAUGA